UCUGCGGACUCGUACUCACGCACAUUUAUACAUUUAUGAGGUUUAAGUCUAGGAGAUAAGCCUCAUAAAACGUCCAUUGUUGCCUCAAUAUCAAAUCAUGAACCAUAAAAGCACAUAUAACCUGGACACAAAGAGAGAGGGUCGGUUUUAUAAAGACUGUGGUGAAAGAAACUCGCCUCAGGUGUUGGAGAAUCCCUCUUCUGGGCUCUGUCUCUGGGUUCCUUCCCACUGGCUUUUUAGUGGAGGGUUUCCUUGUCCUAUAGAGGGCUUAGGGCUCUCCCCCUCUUUCUACCUACCUGCCUCUCUGUCUGUCUGGCUACCCAUCUAUUCUGCAGAUAUAUCAGUGUAUUUGUUUCUGGAGGCUCAGAUUGAGCAUUCAAGUUGUGCAAUGUAUCAAACACAAGGUGUGUGCGUGUGUGUGUGUGUGUGUGUGUGUGUGUGUGUGUGUGUGUGUGUGUGUGUGUCUGUGUGUGUCUGUGUGCGUCAGAGAUGUUCACAAGACAUUCGUUGGACGACGACUCUCAAGUCUUUGAGCUCGAUUCCAAGUCAAGUCUCAAGUCUUUGAGGGGCAAGUUCAAGUCAAUUCUCAAGACUUUUGCCACAAGUCCAAGUCAAGUCCCAAGUCUCUGGCCAUCUGGUCUGCUCAUGAAUGCCCCCAAAGCCAGAGUGUGGAACUUGAACCGUCAUUGAACUGUGUCCGUGGGGGCGGUGCCAGCUGCCAGGGGAGGAGCCAAGUGUUAGGGAAGGAGAGGAGAGGACAUCUUGUUAAGGAAAUACAACUUAAGGUUAUAAUAAAGGAAUCAUUUUGGAAAAAAAUGUCUAAGAAACAGAAACCACAAAAAGGUGAGUAAAAAAGCACAACUUUGCGAGAAGUUAAAUCCUGUUUACAGUUAUGGAAUAACAAAAGUAGUGGUAUUGCUCAAUACAUAAAGCUUGUCGUCUGCGUCUAGGAAUGGCCUCUGCAAACACUUCCUGGUCUGAGGAGAACUUUUCAUGUUCCAUCUGUCUGGAUAUGUUCAGCAGUCCAGUUACCACGCCAUGUGGACACAACUUCUGCAGAACCUGUAUUACUACGUUUUGGGAUGAACAAGUCCAGCACAAAUGUCCUGUUUGCAAUGACCUUUUCAACACAAGACCUGAUUUACGGGUCAAUAUCCUCUUAUCAGAGAUGGUUGAUCGGUUUGGAACUUCUGUACGAGUAAAAGAGCAGCCUUGUGUUGGACCAGCAGAAGUUCCCUGUGACAUCUGUACUGGGACCCAGCUGAAGGCUUUGAAGUCCUGCCUAGAGUGUUUCAUGUCUUUCUGUCAAACCCACCUGGAGCCACAUCAGAGAGUCGCAGUCCUGAAGAAACAUCGGCUGGUCGAGCCUAUGGACCGUCUGGAUGACAGGAUGUGUAAGAAACACGACCGACUUCUGGAGCUCUUCUGCCAGACUGAACAGGUGUGUGUGUGUCAGUUCUGCACAGAGAAAGACCACUGGUCCCAUCCUGUUGUACUUUUAAAGGAGGAAUAUGAAGUGAAGAUGGCCCAGCUGGGAAAGAUGGAGGCUGAAGUUCAGCAGAUGAUCCAGGAGAGACAAAGAAAUAUUCAGGAGAUUAAAGACACAGCUAAACGCAACCAAGCAAAUGCAGACAGAGAGAUUGCCGAUGGUGUGCAGGUCCUCACCGCUCUGAUGCGCUCCAUUGAAAAGUGCCAGGAGGACCUUAACCAAAUGGUUAAUGAGAGACUGAAAUCCACAACGAAACAAGCUGUAGGCCACAUCAGAGAGCUGGAGCAGGAGGUAGAAGCUCUGACCAAUAGAAGCUCAGAGAUGAAGCGGCUCUCACACACUAAAGACCACCUCCACUUCCUCCAGACCUUCACAUCCCUGAAAAAUCCUCCACCCACCAGGGACUGGACGACGGUGGAGGUCCGUCCUCCGUCAUACGUAGGGACCUUGAGGAGAUCCCUGGAUCAGCUGGAGGAGACACUGAACAUGGAAAUGAAGAAGCUGUGUGAUGCUGAACUGAAGAGGGUCCAGCAGUAUGAAGUAGAUGUGACUCUGGAUCCCGAUACAGCUCAUCCCAGUCUCAUCCUGUCUAAUGAUGGGAAACAAGUACAUGAUGGAGGUGUAGGGCAGAAACUCCAAGACAACCCUAAGAGAUUUACAAAGUAUGUAUAUGUUCUCACGAGGCAGAACUUCUCUUCAUGGAUAUUUUACUUUGAGGUCCAGGUCAAAGACAAGACUGCAUGGCGUUUGGGAGUGGCCAGAGAGUCCAUCGACAGAAAAGGUCUGAUCAUAGUGACCCCUGAGAAGGGUUACUGGACACUUUACUACGACGAGGAUGGGAUGGUGUUUAAUGGUAACACUGCUUUCCGUCUCCCUCUGAGAGCUGAGCUCCAGAAGGUGGGGGUGUUUGUUGAUUAUGAUGAGGGUCUGGUCUCCUUCUAUGAUGUGGAAGCCAGGGUUCAUAUCUACUCUGCCACUGGCUGUAACUUUAGAGAGCCUCUCUAUCCAUUCCUCUGUCCAUGUGAUCAUGAGGGUGGUACAAACUCUGCCCCCCUGAUCAUCGCACCUGUCCAGUAAAACAGACCUAAGAACCUUGUUUGAUAAUAAAAUAAUCAAACAACCAAAACAACUAAUGUUGUUCCCUGAAUUAGAAUCUCUACUAUCUGAGAUCUGAGUGAACUGCAUUAUUGUUGUAAGAAAAUAACUCUAUUAUAAAAUAUAACCCUUUGUAAAUUAUUACAUUACAGUAUAUACCUACUUCGUUGUUUUUUUCUCACGUUUUUCUUAAUGGUUAACUGCUAUACAAUUGUUUAUGGUUGCAAUUAUGUAGAACUAGUUUCUGGGAUUAAUUUGCAUCAUAAUAAUCAAAUCAUUGCUUUACCUCUGAAUCAUGAAUGAAGACACAAUAAAAUGUAUAAUACAGAUUUAAAUACAAAUGGAAAAGAAGCUAAUGAGUCUAUGACUUUUAAUGUCCACCAUACAACAUCCCAACAUGUGUUCCACACUUGCACAAAGGUCACAGUGACCACAUGUAAAGAUGCCCCUCAUGUGUGUGAGUACCGUGACUUUCUCUUGUCAGCUCUCCUCUCCUCUCCAUCCUCUUCUCUUAGUUUCUCCUCUCUCCUUCCUCUCUCUUCUCUUCCUCCUCUCCCCUAUCUCUGCUCUCCUCUCUAGCUCAUCCAGGAUUGUGUUAAUUAUUGUUUUGCAUACACAUUACACGUGUUUACAAAUAACCAUAGGCAAUAUUAGGAUUUAUUUGGGCAAAUAUUUGAAGUGCUUUAGCUCUAAUGUAGCCUUUUUUAAGACGGCGAACAAUUAUUUUGCUCCAAUGAUCCAUGGUUCAGCUCUACCCUCAAAGGACAGUGAAUAUAAACUACUUUACUUUCCGCACUAAAUGCUAUUUUCUUCCAGGUACUUCUCAC